GUUCUUGUCUGAAAGUCACUCAUGACUAAGCGACUAGCUGAAGGAAGAAAUAACACUUCUUUUAACGUGUUUUUCGGCCCACGUGGAAAAAGAGACAUUUUCAGACAAUUCAUUCUGUGGCCUAUAUGGGAUUACAAAAGAUCCAUUUGGCUGUUGCUGAGAGGUAUUGAUAACGAUUCACGUGCCAUGAUUAUUCAAUGCCAGAUGAUGUCUGGUUUGGUCUGGUGUUGCGUCGGUCGCACCUCAAGAAAUACCGGAAGAAUAUAGGCAGCAAAAAACAGCCGCCCCGAUAAUUAAAAUCGAGCAAAAGUUCCGUGGGUAAAAUAACAGCGGUCGACUAUUUGAUUUAUCUGUGCGAUAUGUUUUCGUGAUAUAUGCUACAAAAAUAGAAGCUUUCCAAUAGCAAUAAUGUAACUCCUUUCACUUGGCUGAAGUACGCACAGCGUGAGCACCCUACAUGAUUAUUGAGGUCAGACUAAACACCUCAAGGUAGAAUUUAGUCAUGCCAUCCCGAAAUACUGCUUUGGACCAUAUGACCCUACAUAACACUAGGGAGCAAUUUAAAAAACACAUACGUAGUUUAAGGGUCGCGUACUGAAAGAUGGCAAAGGAAAGAGAAAUACGUAAAAAAGCUGACUUGAAAGUGAAAUCGAGCAGGACCUUUUCGAAAUGAAUAACUUAUGCAAAGAAUUCAUUGUGAUUCAAGUCAAGGGGUAAUUUCCGCUAAUCCGACUUGUUGUCCAAUCACCGAGCGAACGUAGUUAUUGAAGUCUAUAUUUUUGCCGCACGCUAUCACACACACACGCCGAAUGCCCGGGGCAAACGACGUACUUUCCGUGUGCCGUUCAUAAUGCAAAUGAGUGCGAAUUCCGAUAAAACAAAAGCUCUACAUUUGCAUUUAUUUGCAUUGAUUCGCAUUAGGAACGGCACAUGAAAAGUAUGUCGUUUGCUCUAGUCGUUUGCCCUAGUCCUUAGACACGCCGACCUGUCUAGACAGACACGUGACCGUGUUGACCAAUCGCGCGGCUUGUUUUCAUAUGUCCUGUAGUCGGCUUGCGGGCUGCUAUGUGAAAUGGUCGAUUCAAGGCAUUUAUGAUGCACGGUCUAGACAAGAAACUGACGACUUAGUUUGGUUUGUUCGCAUGUCGAGAAAAGGAGUGCCUUCCCUUCGCUGCUCUCAUGUAACUUGUAUGCUCUUCUCCGCGGCUGUGCCAAUGGUAUAUGUUGAGGUCGAUCACUCUGGCCCUCACAAGGACGAGUGCGUCUUUGCUCUGUCUAAAACUCCUCGAAUUUACUGUCAAUAAAGGCAGCGAAAUAGCGGACCUUAAAACAACCACGCAUUCAAUUCUAAGGCGACUUCGAGAUACAGAGCUGGGGCUGCUGCUGAAAGCGCUCGAAAGUCGCGGUGGUGAUGUGUCAAGUUGCGUGUAUUUCCCGUACGGCGAGAAAGUGUGUAAGCGAGUCGUUCACGAGCCCCAUGUUGUACUCUACCGAACAUUUCGAGAACCCAAUGUUCAAAGCUCCAAUGAGCUCAAACCAUUGGCCAUAUGCUCUAGAAGAGAUUCGACUGGUAAACGGGUUUGCAUCAACCCUCACCACUACAGCGAAAUCAUUCAAAUCCAAAGCCCCACGCCGGAGCUGCAACAAAAUCUUUCUCCAAAACCGCAUACAAAACAGGACGAAUCAUCGGGAUUCGGCAGCAACUUUACUGAAACCCAGUCGACUGAUUGCUCUUCCAAAAAGCAACCAAAUUUGCCGCUUUCGAUAUCAGAAUUAUUCGAGAGCACAAGCGAAUGGCCAAGCGCAUGGUGCGUUGUAGCGUAUUGGGAACUUAACGAAUGUAUAGGGCCAUUCUAUCAUGGUCACCAGGACGUAAUAAAUAUAUACGAGACUUUACCCAAACCGAAAGGCUUUUGUCUAGCAGGUUUGGACAGAAAUCAAAACGUUUCAGAUGGAACCAAGCGCGCGAGAAAUCACGUCGGUUUCGGUCUUCAGCUCUCCAGAGAAGAGGAUGGAAUUUGGAUAUAUAAUCGUAGCGAAUAUGCUGUCUUUGCAAAUGGGACCACUUUUCCAUACGUCACUACUACCCCAUCAGCGAGUCAAAAUAUUACGGUGACAAAAGUACCACCGGGCUUUUCACUAAAGAUCUAUGACUAUAACCAUAGCCCCGCUACGUGCCGGACAUUUGAAGGACCACAAAGUUGGAAAGUCCCGGAGAGUGUUAGAAUCAGCUUUGCCAAAGGAUGGGGUAAUACUUCGUCGGCCUCAUAUAGAAGACCUGUGGUGACUAGCUGUCCAUGUUGGCUUGAAAUCCAUUUCACUGUAUCGCGCUAGAGAAAGAAGUCUUAAUGUAUAUUGUAUAUACCUAGCUAAGAACUUAAAAUCCGUUACAAAUAGAAUUACAAUGAAGAACUCACUACCACAUCGAUCUAAAGUAAAUCCCGAGGUAGAAUGUGUACAUUAGAAUAGCUAGUCUGUUAACUAGCAAAGAAUGAAUAUAUUAUAUAUUUUCACUGAGGUGAGACCCGGUGAGUCCUC